AUGCGACGUUACUAUCACAUUGAGUAUUUCCUUCUACCAGAUGAUACUGUACCCAGAAAACUGGAUUUGGUAUUGUUUGGGAUGAUUGCAAAGCUAUUUGCAGAAUCUGAUUCCAAGAUUAUUACACCAUGGUUUGAAAAUGACCGGAUCUGGGUAUCGUGGAACCAUGGUAUUGAUAUCAGUGUCACCAAUGAAUAUCUAAUGAAACUAAGAGAUCACAAAAUAACUUUAAAACUCUGGGAUUCCAAGGACAAAGUUUCUUCAAAAGCUAAGUUUAGUCAGCCAAAGGUUUUUUCUUCACAAGUAGAGGAUGCAGAUGCUGUUGGUGGAGUAAAAUACACAGUACUGUUGCAAAGAAAAAUUUUUGAAGAGACUCAGCCACCACCUAGCUGUACAAAAGUUAAAGGAGUGAUGGAAUCCAAGGCACAGAAGGCAUCUUCAGCCCGUGGUGUUGAAGCUGAGAAACUGCUGGGCGUGCCUUUUGCGAAAAACAGAUUUCUGAAUGAAGCAGUUGCUGGCCCUCCACAUGAUGCAACUUCAGAAAAACAUGAGAAGACAAAAGAUAACUUGGGAAGUCUAACAUAUCAAGCAGACAAGACAGUUACCACAAGUAGUAAAAGAGGUUCUGGUCCAAAAAAAAUAAUUGCUGCAGGCAACAAGAGAAUGUUGAACCGUAUUAAACUGUCUAACACCCAGACUCUGCUUGUGGCUAUGGCAAAGAAACAUGGCAUUGCUUCACUGCAGUUGGAUGUCAUGCCUCUCCUUGCAGGGGAAGACUCUGUGAUCAGUCGUCUGGAAGAGAACAAUCCUAAAGUUUUAGAUGCCUUUGUGAGUUUCACUGUAGCAACACCUCUUCUAUCUGAAAGACAAAGACAUGAAUUGAAUCCGCUGAUUAUAAAGAUUCGUUCAGCUACCUGCCUCCCAAAUACACCUGUACCAGUAGAAGUACUGCAGAAAUUGUGUGUUCCCACUUACUGCAAAUACAAAUUUUACAACUUCCCAGUUCAUCAAACUCAUGGACAAAUCCAUGGAACUCAUGUCUACUUUAAGGACAUUAACGUGCUUCUAACAGGGACAAUGAAGCCUGAAGAAUUACAAGGGUAUCUUAGGGGUCCACCUAUGGAGAUUGAAGUUCAUGACCGAGAUAGAAAUGUGGCAAAUGACACAAAAAAGCCAUGUUUGUUUGGGGAGGAUCAAGCUGAUGAAAAAGUGGGUGAGGUGAGCCUGCUUGCUUGCAAAUCCACAAUCUAUAACUCAUUUACGGAGAACAAAGCGUGGCAUCCACAUGGGAUAGCUAAAGUCAGUCUUGCUGAUUUAUUGUUAGGUAAAAGGUGCUUGAAUAUCAGUGUGCCAAUUCAUAGCUGCUCAGCUCCAAAUGCAACUACCUGCAAGGAGGAGAAUAAAAAUGAGAGAACAGUAGGAUCAGUAAAUAGUUUUUCCCUACUACCUAUGGGGCAUUACCUAGAGUCAGACUCACUCUUGAAAGUAAGAGUGGAAAUAGCUGUACCCUUGAGACUGCAAGCGGAAGCUGCUGAUACUGAAGUCACAAAUUACCCAUAUGGCUGCAUAAUCUACAUUUUUGACUACAAUAAUGCAUCAUUAUUACAUGAUUUGGUGGAAGAGAUUACAGAAAUCAAUGCCAAAGCCCUCCAGCUGGACUGUUAUCCUGUACCAUUAAUUCAGAUGGCUCUUGCUACAUUAAAACUGAAAACCACUCUCAAGGAAGUUUCUCAGUUGGAUAUUGUUACUGGUUUUCAUGUACUGGAUGGAGCAAUUCAUCUCUUUGUCUUGGAGGGAUUAAAAGACAAAGCAAUCAAGAGACUCUGGGACAGACACUUUGAAAGGUCUUACAGACCUGAAGAUGGACAAUUGGAAAUACUAUAUAAUUCACAACUAUCUUUCCGUCAACGGCUGUAUUUAGACCUGGAAGCUAUUAUGUUUCAUUUCCGCCUCUGUAAGCCCCUCUUCACUAUAACAAAACAGCCGCUACUUUAUGUCAGAGGUAUGGUUCCUUGGACUUGUUUCCAGGCCUUGUCCAGGCUCAGUUACCUCUGUCACAGCAAGAGGCUGAGGGAUGUUAUUCAUGGGGAUUUGUUGCCCUCAGCAGAAAUGAUCACAGUCCUGAGUCAAGAGUUUGGAAUUCCAUUAACUAAAGAGGAUCUGUUUACUCAGAAACCUCCGUUAGUCUCGUUUUCUUCUGAUUCUUAUACAAUACCAAGAAAAGUUAGCAGAGUGAAACGGGCAGUAUAUUCUUCAUUAGAUAACUACAAUGAAAAGUAUGUGCAGUGGAAGAAAGAAAUAGAAGACAAAAUACCUCCUGAGAGAAACCAUAUUGGGGCUAACAUUGCUGCUGUAAGCCAACUCAAAGGAAAGGUAAAAACCCCAAAGUUUGAAGCUUUCAGGGUUUUUCCUGUUGAUGGCAAAUCUGUCUAUAACUACAGUUCUCAGGGCCUGAAUUCUGCAGAACUUGCAAAGAAACGUCUUCGCCAGGAAAUGGCAAAGAAACCAAAGAAGAGAUUCACUUAUUGUCAUGAGUAUCUGUCAGCUAUGUUUGAUCCAGUAGAUUUGGUUGCGGCUUAUGAAGAAUUUUUAGCAAAAUCUAAGAUGUGGCUGUCACCAGAAGGGUUUGUAUUUCCUGGAUAUAGGAGCAGCAUUGAAAGCAACCUGCACCCUCAAAUGCCUGAUGAGGCACGUCUGAAGGAGUUAAGUGAGAAAUGGCAGGAGGAUGUCCUGUUUGGUAACAUGGACCCAGUUCUGUCACGAGAUAGGUGGAGCUGGAACAAGCGGCACAUCGAUUUCGAUCUUUACAAGAAACCACCUGAGCCGUCCAUGACCACAGCGCUGCAGAGAGAUGCUGCUGAGGUUCUCAAAACUGAGUUUGAUGAUACCAAGCUGAAAGUUCACAGGUGCUCCACAGCAGCUGAGCUACACACACGUGGGCCAAGAGCCAGUUUUCAGCUGCAGAAGCUCCAAGGACUUCUGAAAGACAAACCGUUGAAGUUCUCACUCAGGAAGCCAGGCCUCAUUUUGAAGGUAAAGGGUGACUUUCCUGUGGUUCUGAUCUUGGCCCUUGCCUGUAAACAGCAACAGCUGUCCUGCUCUUUACGCCUAUCCCAGCCUUGUCGGUGCUGGACAAACAGCCCUGUGACAACCGUUCAGAUGUCUUGGGAAAGAGGAAGAGCAUCACUUGUGGCUUUGUACCAGGUCUUAGCAACCACCACAGCCUGAAGUGGAGCAAGAAUAUAAUCCCCUGCCACAACAGAGAACAUGAGAAGUUUGAAAAACUCAGAGGCGCAGACUUCAAGUUGUUUUGCUAUAAACAUUCAUUUAUUUACAAGAGAGACCAAUCAGCAGGAGGAGGAGGAAGACGCUCUGACAACGUCCUUGCACAACAGCAAGACCCUCUCCAGAAUGGUAUGAUGGAGCCAACAGUUAUUCUGGAUGCAGCUACAAGUUCUCAGAGUUGGGAUGACUCCCUCACUGAAAACUGAUGAGAAGCCAUUCUCGGUAAUAAAUCUAGAAGAGCUUAAACAUACAUACAAAAUCUGAAGUGUCAAGACCACUGAAGACUGAGUAGUAAAACAGUGAUAAAACAGUAAAACUAAUCAGUUUGGAUGUCACACACUUAAUUGUAGCAAAUGUAUUUAUCCUACAUAACUAACCUAAUUCUUACCACAAAAUUUUGAGCUACAAGGCAGUUACCACAUCAGAUGCCCUUGUUUCUCUGUCAGUGCCAUAUUUAUUAAUGAUAAUUUGGAAAGAUCAUUUGGAAAGAAUUGGAUGGUGUUAGCAAGUUUAAGAGAACAAAUACAACUUCAUAAAGUAAGUAAGUAGGGGUGUUCGUUUUAAAAUCUUUUAAAUACUAUGACACCAUGCAAAUUCAAAGGUUCAGAGAACCUGUGAAGGAAUUGCUGUAGUUACUGUACUCUUGCACCGAUCAAUUUAGAAAUGUUUGCUGCAGACUGUUUUAUGGGAGACGGAUUAAAUUCUUCACAACACAGACUGUAGUUUUAAGUAUAACAAAAGGUAUGUCUCACUGAGGCUUUGCAAAGUCUGAGACAUUAGCAUGCGACGCCUGACAAAUUACAGCACUGUUUCAGGAGAGCAUCAUGAUCAUGCAGCACAGAAUGCAACAAGCACACUUCAGCAUUGAGGGGACUGUAGGCUAGUCAAGUUGAAAGCAAGCAGCUGGGUAAAGACUUAUGAAAUGUAUGUAGGCUGUAAUGUCUCACGGAAGAAUGAGAGGGUGGUAAGUGCGUGCCAAACUUUUGAUACUAAACUCUUACUUAGCAAGAAAAAAACAGUAAUAAAUACUUAUUGUUAAGCUUCAUGAUCUAUGGGGUGUAGGCUUUAAAUGGGUAUAGAUGAUAUUAAAGUGCACUUACUUCAUGGUCGUGAUUUCUUAGACCAAUACUGAUAGACCGGCUAGCUCUGGAAAUAGCUGCUGUCAUUGCAUAUAAAUUAAUAACGAUAUCUGCCACUCUCUUCAGAAUCAGCUGCUCAUCCACUAUUGUCUAUAAGAGUAAAAAUGAUUA